AGUUAUUUACGUGACUAAUAAGCGGCAUAAUAAAGCUAAGGAUACAAAUGCAAACAAACAAACAAAUAAAUUAUUCACGUUCUGCCUGGAAGUCAACCUGUGUAAUAUUACACAGGAUGCAGUAAGGAUCCCGGGAAAGAUGCAGCGAGUGAAAUAUGUUAUAUUCUUCUUGUUAACUACUGUCAAUGCUGAAAAAUGUGUCUUAAAUAUGACAAGUUUAGACCUCCAAGCCAACUUUGAUUUCGAUAAGUAUAUGGGUAGAUGGUUCGAAGUGAAGGCAUGGAUUGGCCGUGGUAUCGAUGUUGAUUCGUUGUUGGAUAACUUUUCAAUUAUAUACACAAAGCAGUCAUCUGGUGUUGCUGAUAUAUUUUCAACGGGUACACCGAAAAAUAGUUCUGAAUGUUUGCCAUUGUUUGGAUCGGGGCUGAAGAUGCAAUUGGUUUCGAGUAGCGGACGCCAUCCGACUAGACUUGCCUAUAGAAUCACAAAUACAUCCAGUGGCACAUUCGUGGACCGGGAGUAUUAUGUGGUAGACACAGACUUCUACAACUAUGCCUUGAUCGUAACGUGUGCGUGGGGGAGCAUAUUAUACGCAAACGGGACAUGUCUUCCUGAUCCAAUGGUUCGUGUUUUGAGUAGGACUACAAACUUGAGAACUGUCGAUGAAACACGCGUAUAUGACAUCAUUAACAAAGACAUAUGCCACGCCAGUUUUGAUGAAUUCAGAUCAAACAUCCACGGCACACCAUGCAACGUAAGUUCUACAGGCGAUGCGCCAGGGCCAGGAAUUUCUUCAAGUCCGUGGUUAGAAUUGUCAUCAUGGUUACACUCUUUUGUAGUGUUGAUUUCCAUUUUCAACUGUUAUUCACAAAAUCAGCUUCUAAAGUGAAGUAUGCUGCUAUGUGUGGAACUUCAGAUAUAAGUUGCAAAUUACACUUGACUUAUUAUAACAAGAUAAUGAAGCUUCGUGGAAGUAUGUAUCUAAUGUUAAAGAAUUACUGUGUAAACGAGGUCUCGAUGAUGUAAUUUAUAGAAGAGAUUGUGAUUGGUAUGACAACUAUUUGUCUAUUUGCAAGGAUGAAUAUGUUAAUGAGUUUCACACUAGUAUUAAGGAAUAUAGCUCCUUAAAAUUUUAUUCAAAAAUCAAGAAACACACUAAUUUAGAGAACUACCUGAAACAAAACAAUGACUUCUAUGGAUCAAAGCUCAAAUUCUUAGCAAGAUGUAACAAAUUUGCUCUAUAUUCCAAUUAUGAAUCACAAAGAAAGACAGAUGGAAAAUGCAUAUUAUGUAAAGAUAAUGUAGAUGACUCUAUCCAACACAGACUUGUAGAAUGUUCUUUCUUUAACAAAGAAAGAACACACUUCUAUUGUAAGUUACUAGACAAAUGCAAUGAGAAUGUGUUUAAUUAUUUUAUAUCCUGUACCUCAGAAAAUAAACUCUAUUUUAUGUUAGGUGAUGAUGUUCUCAGUCAAUGGGGGCACGAUCAAUUUUAUAUUGUAGAUGGACUGGUAAAACAGUUUUUAACAAAGAUUUUUAAACCUGACUUAUAAGAACGAUUUUAGAUAUUUUAAUGAUCAUGUAUGUAUUUUGACUGUAGACGCACCUAAAUAUUUUUAGUGUGCCACUGAUUUAAAAGUGUACGUCUAAAUAAUAAAUAAAUAAAUA